UGACCCAAUCGGGUUUCAUUAAACUCGUCUCUCUGCUCUCUCGACCCACUCCCAAACCCAAAUCCCCUAAUCUGAUCCGCAGUGACCCACCCCUACCUCAAGCCUCAACGUCUCUCCUCUGGGGUCUCUUUCUCGCCACUCUCGUCUCCGGUGUGUCACUUCUCUCUCGGUCUGGCACUCACCGUUUUGGAAUCAAGCUCGUCGCGCUCUGUGUCCUCACCGUCUCAAGCUCAGUCACCGCCUUCCUGGGCUCGCUUCGCGGGCGUCAGAACCACACGGAACCCAGUCGCGCGCCUUCGCGUACGCUCGUCGUCGCCGGAAGCAGAGGCAGCAGGUCCCGGUGGGCUGGUCUUGUUCGUCUUCUUGCUUGGAGCCUCGCCGUCAGCUUCCUUGGCGCAACCCGAUUUGAGGAACAAUCCACACACACACAGUAAAAUCAUGACGGAGCCAUCAGAAUCGUUCAAGCCAUAUACUCUGUCACAAACCCUAACCGGUCACAAGCGCGCCAUCUCUGCCGUCAAGUUCUCCUCCAAUGGCCGUCUCCUGGCAUCGUCGUCGGCGGACAAGACCCUCCGCACUUACGCCUUCACCAACUCAGACUCUGAUUCUGGCAGCCGCACUUUGUCGCCGAUGCAGGAGUACGAGGGCCAUGAGCAGGGCGUCUCCGAUCUGGCCUUCUCCUCAGACUCUCGAUUCUUGGUCUCCGCCUCCGACGACAAGACCCUCCGCCUCUGGGACGUACCCACCGGCUCCCUCAUCAAAACCCUCCAUGGCCACACCAACUACGUCUUCUGUGUUAACUUCAACCCCCAAUCAAACAUCAUUGUUUCUGGUUCCUUCGAUGAGACCGUUAGGGUUUGGGAUGUUAAGUCUGGUAAGUGUCUUAAGGUCCUUCCAGCACAUUCUGACCCUGUCACUGCCGUCGAUUUCAACCGCGACGGUUCUCUUAUUGUUUCUAGUAGCUACGAUGGGCUCUGUAGGAUUUGGGAUGCUUCCACUGGCCACUGUAUGAAGACUCUCAUUGAUGAUGAGAACCCUCCUGUUUCCUUUGUCAAGUUCUCGCCUAAUGGCAAGUUCAUCCUCGUUGGCACUUUGGACAACACUCUGAGGCUUUGGAACUAUUCUACUGGCAAGUUUCUGAAGUCAUACACUGGUCAUGUUAACUCAAAAUAUUGCCUUUCAUCCACAUUUUCUAUAACAAAUGGGAAGUAUGUUGUUGGUGGUUCAGAAGAUAAUUGUAUAUACUUGUGGGAACUGCAGACAAGGAAAAUAGUGCAGAAAUUGGAAGGCCAUUCUGAUACUGUUGUAUCCGUCUCGUGUCACCCGAUGGAGAACAUGAUCGCUUCCGGUGCUCUUGGCAAUGACAAAACUGUGAAGAUCUGGACCCAACAGAAAGACUAAUCUUGUGAUGAGGACUGCGGGCUAAUCGUUCACUGGAUUAGUGAAAGUUGAGUUUAGGAGAAAGUGACUUGUGAUGAAACCCUUAGAUCAUGUUGUAGUUGAGGAACUUGGUCAUUUUUGCAGUUGAGUUCACUACUGUAUUAAAGAAUGAUUUCAUUUCAAGUUUCAAUCAUCUUAUUGUCGGGGAAGUCACUCUUUAAUUUAAGGAUUAUUUGGAUGGUAGGUGCAUGUAGUUUGGGUGUAUCUAAUUUUCUUGUUUGGUAAAUAUGGAAGUUGGGUCUUAAGAUAAGGUUCAGAUGUAGAUAGGCAAAACCCCUAUAUCUACCCUAAUGGAUUAAUCCCACGGCAUUAGCCACUAUUAAGUAUUAAAGUUCUUGCAA